ACCAUUAAAUAAGACCUUGAUUUCCCUCUCACUUCUACUCUCUCUCACUCUUCUUCCACUACCUAAUAAACUUCCAGAGAGAGAAACAUAGAAAACCCUCGAGAAGCAAACACAAAAAAACUCUAAAUUACUAUCGUCUGUUUUAGAAUCUAAUAUAAUAACAGAGCAAUUCCAUUUCAUAAAAUGGGUACUUGCAAAAAUAGAGAGGAAAAUAGAAAUUUAGCAAGGAAAACAGUAAAUGUUGAAGGACCAAUAAUUAUUGGGGCAGGACCUUCAGGUUUAGCAACAGCUGCUUGCUUAAAACAACAGGGGAUUCCAUCAUUAAUCCUCGAAAGAUCAGAUUGCAUUGCACCUUUAUGGCAACAAAAGACAUAUGAUCGUCUUAAACUUCAUUUACCUAAGAAAUUCUGUGAGCUUCCAUUGAUGGGGUUUCCAUCAGAUUUUCCUAAAUACCCAUCAAAGAAACAGUUCAUUUUUUACAUGAAAACUUAUGCUAAUCACUUUAAUUUAUCUCCUAAAUUCAACCAAGAAGUUUCAAAGACUUACUUUGAUGAAGAAAUUAUGUGUUGGAGAGUUCAAAUUAAGGGGAAUGAUUUUGAUUAUGUUUCAAAAUGGGUAAUUGUUGCAACAGGGGAAAAUGCAGAACCUUUAAUACCUGAAAUUCAAGGAAUGGAGAAAUUUCAAGGAAAAUUAAUGCAUACAAGUCUGUAUAAAUCUGGGUCUGAUUUUAAAAAUCAAAGGGUUUUGGUAAUUGGGUGUGGAAAUUCAGGAAUGGAAGUCAGUUUGGAUCUUUGUAGAUACAAUGCAAUGCCUCAUAUGGUGGUUAGAAACUCUGUGCAUGUUUUGCCAAGAGAAAUGUUUGGAUUCUCCACAUUUGGGGUUGCCAUGACCUUAUUAAAAUGGUUCCCUUUGAAAUUAGUUGACAAAUUUCUCCUUUUUGUGGCUAAUCUUACUUUGGGUAACACUGAUGGGUUGGGUCUAAGAAGACCCAAAACAGGCCCGAUAGAACUCAAGAAUGCAACCGGAAAGACACCAGUGCUUGAUAUGGGAGCACUUUCAUUAAUCAAAUCAGGAAAAAUUAAGGUGAUGGAAGCAGUAAAGGAAAUUACAAAGGAUGGAGCCAAAUUUGUAGAUGGUAAAGAGAGAGAAUAUGAUUGUAUAAUCUUAGCAACAGGAUAUAAGAGCAACGUACCCUCUUGGCUCAAGGACUGUGAGUUUUUCACAGAUGAUGGAAUGCCAAAAGUAGCAUUCCCAAAUGGAUGGAAAGGAGGGGAGGGAUUGUAUACGGUUGGAUUCACCAGAAGAGGAUUAUUAGGUACUGCAUCAGACGCCGUUAAAAUAUCCCAAGACAUAGCUGAUCAAUGGAGGAGAAUUAAAGGCCCUUGUAGUUGUGAUUCAUUAUCACAUCCUUAAGUUUACCAUAUCCAGUAAAUAAAUAUGCAACAACUACUAGUCCAGAAUAAUUACUGCUUUUGGUGAGAGAAAAAAUAAUUAGUGCUCAUAGGAGCUAAUUAUGGGGAUUUUGAAAAGUCAAAAACAAAGUAUUUUAGAAGAGAGUGAUUUACAAGGGUUUUAAAUUUUGAGUGUAAUAUACUUUUUUUUUUUUUUUGAGAAAGGGUGUAGUAUUAUAGAGUUAUCUUUAUUACUAUUAGUUUGCAUAUUUUUCUUUUAGUCUUUUGGGG